CCCUGCAUCUCUAAGAAAAAGUAAAGAACGGAAAAAAAAAAUGGCGACGAAGAUGUCACUUACUGAGCUUGACGACGAAAUAGUGCGCAGCAUGUCGAUUGGCGCAGUUUUCUCAGACUUUGGAGGAAAAAUAAAUUCACUUGACUUUCAUCGAAAAGAUGAUCUAUUGGUGACUGCCAGUGAGGACGAUUCAGUUCGCCUUUACGACAUUACCAAUGCUAAGUUGAUAAAGACAACAUAUCAUAAGAAACAUGGUGCGGAUCGAAUAUGUUUCACGCAUCAUCCUAGUUCUGUUAUAUGCUCUUCGAGACACAAUUUGGAAUCGACUGGAGAAUCCCUACGAUAUCUUUCAAUGUAUGAUAACCGAUGCCUUCGCUACUUCAAAGGACAUAAAGAGAGAGUUGUUUCCCUCUGCAUGUCUCCGGUAAAUGAUAGCUUCAUGUCAGGUUCUCUUGACCAUAGUGUGAGGAUUUGGGAUCUCCGUGUAAAUGCCUGUCAGGGAAUUUUACGCCUACGUGGGAGACCAACUGUAGCAUAUGACCAACAAGGCCUUGUCUUUGCUGUGGCUAUGGAAGGGGGUGCCAUUAAAUUGUUUGAUUCACGCUCCUAUGACAAGGGGCCAUUCGAUACAUUUUUAGUCGGUGGAGACACAGCUGAGGUUUGUGAUAUCAAAUUCAGCAAUGACGGCAAAUCAAUGCUAUUGACAACCACAAAUAACAACAUAUAUGUUCUUGAUGCAUAUGGAGGAGAGAAGCGAUGUGGGUUCAGUUUAGAACCAUCUCCAAAUACAACUAUAGAGGCAACCAUUACUCCGGAUGGUCAGUAUGUGAUCUCAGGGUCAGGGGAUGGAACCUUGCAUGCCUGGAACAUCAACAUGCGAAAUGAGGUAGCCGCUUGGAACAGCCACAUAGGUGUUGCAGCUUGCUUGAAGUGGGCUCCUCGUAGGGCCAUGUUCGUUGCUGCAUCAACCGUUCUUACAUUUUGGAUACCUAACAACUGUUCAAAACCAGCUGCAGAGACCGGUUCCACUGAUGCACAAGCCGGGCUGCAGUUUGAGCAAGUCGGCCAAUAAACCCAGUGCCUAAUCCCCGGUAAAUCAUCAAUGAACUCAAUGCUUUUCUUGUUGGAAAUAAACUCCAAUGUGCCAUUAUAUAAAAAAAAAAAAAAAAACAACUUAAUGUAUUCAGAUUGGGCAUCAGUUGGUAACAUUUAGAAAGUAAAUUAAAUGUUGAGAAUAUUUUGUGUUAUGGAUUUAAACCAUUUGGUUGGUUGUUAAGUAGGUUUUGUAAUAUAAUCAAAACUGGUAAUGAUCUAAAUUGGUGUCAUGAAAUUGAAAAUGUCCAAAAAAAUUUUGGGUGGAAAUGCAACUCAUAAGCUUUUGCA